UACUUGGAUAUUUAGCUAACUACUUGGAUAAUUUUUUGUUGGUAACUCUGUGCGCAUAAUAUUUUUUGUGAAUGAGGAAAUAUUUUUCUUAAGAGCAAAUUUUGCAUCAAAUGAAAUGAGUUCAUCCAAGAUUGAAGAAUUGUUUGAUGUAUCACCAAAACAACGAGAAAUAAUACAAUGGAGAGAUGCAAGAAGAAAAGAAUUACGUCAAAAGUAUUUAAAAGAAGUUCAUAAUCCAAUGAAACAAACAAUGCCCGUGGAAACUGCAGUUAUGCGUUUAAAUGGUUUAAGACUUCAACACGAAUAUAUCACAAGAGUAAGAUUAUAUCCUCAUUUGACAAGUGGUUUUAUAUUAUUGGGAUCUAUGUUUGCAGCAGUAUUGGUUGUAAAAAAAUUAAAAGAUGAUCAGGAACAUUUAUAUCGUACUGGUCAAAUAAGCUAUGCUGACAGAGAAUUUAAAUUUGGUUAAUAAUAUUUAUUUUUCUUAUAGUACAUUUGUAAAUGCUAAUAAAACUUAAUGAAUAUAUAAAAUUUAAACAUUAUUGGAUAAUAAAUGCUAUAUAUUAUUAUUA